AUGUUUUUGCUUCAGGACUUUGCCAAUCCUGAAGUUGUCCCACACUUGCAUCUCUAUCCUGAGGAGACAGAAGGACCUAUCUCCAAAGUUUGGCAGGCUGAGCAGUGGAAAGAGUUUGCACCAUCUCAACUGACUCCAAUGUUCUUGUGA